CUCAAAAGUGGACAUAACUACGUGGCAUUCAUGCCACGUCGUAAGCUUAACCCCAGGCCGAACAGGAAAUAUCUCCCUCGGUACUUUCAGUGCUUCACCUCAUUCAUCCAUCAAAAUGACAUGGACGGAUGGAUGAUAAGUACUUCUGUUAGACAGAAGCUCAGAACCUUCCGGUGUCAGCACAUCUAUUGCAGGCAGAUCUGCAAGUCAUCCAGAUCCACGGCUGCGAAGGCUUGCCAGGCCACAAGUUCUACGGCACCUUCUACUUCCUCCUCCUUCUCCUCAUCAUUCCGCACAACCUUGUCAAACGCUGUAACAGAGAACGUUCCUGUAACGAACCCAGCUUCCCACGUCGCGCUUCUUCUCCCGCGCUCGCCACCGGCUGAAGCGUCCGGAUCCUCUCGCUUCGAGAACGUUUGACCGGAACCCGAGCACGGCGACGGAGAGUGACCGGCUGAAUCCAUGAAUGAUGGGGCCCCCGCUCCGGUCGAGGAAGCAAAGUUUCGGCCGAAAGGUCGCGCGGGUGGAUUCAAGAAGAUUCGGGACCGCACGGACCUGGGUCCGUUUCUCGUGCAGCGCAUCUGGAACGAAUCAAUGCAUCAAUCAAUGACGGACUGAAUCAAGAGAGCAAGUCGCCAACGGCAGGCCCGUGCCAAUGGGCCGAUGGCACUCCUCGUCGUCGUACCACUUGAAUCCCCGUCCUCAUGAUUCGCAUCGAGAUUAUAGUCAGUCAUUGCCUGCCCCGCCUGCCAGCCCGCCUGCCCGCCUGCCGGCGUUAUAGACAUGAUCUCGAGCAGCGGCAUCGGGCUCGCUCGCCUUGGCUUGUCUUUCCGAGACGGCCUUUAGCUGAAGCUCGAUACGCCUUCGUCGUUUGCGUGAAUGGAUGCCGAUGCCGACGAUGCGGAUAUAGAUGGGCAUGUUGAGGCCGAUCCUCCAUCAUUGAAGUCAACACAUCUCGACCGCCGCGAGGGCAGCGGAGCGGAGAGUUCUCUCUCCUUCGGCCUUCACGCCACCCCCCGCCCGGAGUGCCACGGGCGGAUGCUCGUCGCGCCACAGAUGCAUGUCACCAAUGACGCAGCAUGUAGGCGCCACCGUGGCGCGGUGUGCUGUCGUGUGUGUGAUGCCAUGAGCUCCCAUGCCAUGCCAUGCGCUUUUAACUCGGGUCGCAUCUCCCCCGC